CAAACGACGCAUCCAAUUUUAUGUGAAUUCCCCGAUACACGAUUCUGUUGUUUGACUUCUGUGGCAGGUUGCGAACGUCCUUCUAAGCGGUCUUGGGCCCACACCUUGCUCGCUUCUCUGUGCCAGGGCUUUUUAUUAUGCUUCCAAUGAUGUAGCAUCCUGUAGAAUCAUAUAGAAUGGCAGAACCCGAGCUUCCAGCGACGCUGAAGAAGGACUUAUCACAAGUGAACGCAGACCUAUACACAGCCGUAUCCUUAUGGCUCAGAAAGCAUGGAAAGGGCAUCAAACCAAAACUUUCGGACGAACAGAAGCAGCAGCUGAAGGAAUGCUUCGAGCUGAUGGAUCAGGACGGGUCUGGGGCCAUCGACGCUGAGGAGCUUGGCGCGGCAUUCAAGCUUUUAGGCAUCCGCAUGAAGCGCGCUGAGCUGUCUGCGCUGCUUGCUGAGGUGGACCAUGACGGCAGCGGCGAGGUUGAGUACCCCGAGUUCUUGGAGAUUAUGACCGUCACGCUUCAGCGCCUGGCCGAGGAGGAGGGCAGCGAGAAGAACGAGGGACAGGUGCCCUUCGCGCUCAUGGCCACCGCCUACCGGCGCAAGCGGCUGAUGGAGGGCAUCAUCAACGGCGACAAGGAGGUGCAGGCGCAGAUCCAGCAGAUCAGCGACAAGGCCAACCUGGAGGCGCUGCAGGCCACCAAGGCCGCGGAGGUGGAGGCGCUCAGAGCCAAGGCGGCGGCGGCAGCCGAAGGCGGCGCCUCCGGCGGCGGAGCCGCCGCCGGCGUGGCCGGCGUAGCCCUGCCGGGCCGCACGCCUAGCGGCCGGCCGCUCCGCCGGUUGGGCCAGGUGGACCCGCUGAAGGGGCCGCUGCUGGACACGCUGGGGCCGGAUGAGCGGCGCAUCGUGAACUCGCUGGCGUCCAAGGUGCCGGCGGCCAGCAGCCGCGCGCCGCCGCCGCCGCUCAACCUGCUGGGCAGCACGCGCCCCUACGGCCACUUCGCCAACUCGCCCACGCACCGGCAGCUGAUGGAGCAGCCGCAGCUGCUGGACCUGCGCUUCGUGCACAGCAGCACCAUCCGCCUGCCGGCCGGCGCCACGGGGCCGGCUCGCAGCAUGAGCGGCACCACCUCGCUCAACGGGAUGGGCAUGGGGCCGGGCGGAGGCGGGGCCAUGGAGCGGACCAGCGCAGGGGCAGGGAUGGGCGGGGGAGGCGGAGGCGGAGGCGGAGGCACCGCGUUCGGGCGGCGGACGGCAGGCGCGUCGGGGGCGGGGGUGGGCAGUUUCGGCGGCGCGGGGCAAGGGUCAGGCGGCGGCGGAGGGGGCCGGAUGUUGACGCCGCCCAUGAGCUUGUCGGGGGCGGCGCAGUGGGGCGCGGCGCUGAUGCCCUCCUCCUCGCUCAACAGCCCGGGGCGGGGCGGGCCGCGUGCGGACGCCGGCGAGCAGCUGCCGCAGCUGCGUUACGAGGGCGGCGGCGUGCCGUACGGCGGCGGCGCCAAACUGCCCAUGGGCGUGCGGCUGGGCACCGCCACGUCGGGGCCGCACGACCGCGUGGCGCGCAGCUGAGCGCCGAGGGGAGCGGAGGGCACAGGGCAGUGGGCUGGAAGGAAAGGCGGGUUGGCAGCCCUGCCGCACCCCUGCCGCGCCUGCGCAUGCCCCGGCGGCUGAGACACAAGAGCCCCCUCCCCUCCCCCGCGUGUGUGUGUGUGCGGCAGGGGCUUGGGCCUAGCCAGCCGGGCUGUGAGCACAGCAGCUCGUGUGGCGGGGGGCGGCAGGGGCGGAGUACCAUAGGACGUAGCUAUGGGAGUGUGGGGACAGGGAGCAAGGCUGGAGGGGUAGGUGGGUUAGGAACACAUAGUUUGAGCUAUACGGCUGAGACUGAACGAAACAGAACUGGUGCAUACCGUUUGAACUGAAUCCAUUCAUUCAUCUACCAUGGCAGGAGCUCCCGUGCGCCCCGGAGCAGUUGUCCGGGCAUCCUGAUGAUGACAUAGACAGCACGUGCGGUGCAUGAGGCUGCGUGAUGUUGGGAGUGCGUGUGACCGUGUGUGGUUCAUACAACUCUCCGGUUGCUGCGCUGCCCGCCAGGUUGCUCUUUGCGCAGCGGCUGUGCGAGUAUGGUGCAAGCGGUCUUCAGUAACCGGCGGUGCAAAAGUGGCGUGCGGGACGGAAGUGGCGUUUCCUGGGUGCUGCAAGUCUGUGACUGGGCGCAAGGCGGGCGGAUGAGUAGUGUACUCAGGGGCAAGCAUGCAUGCUCGGUGUGUAGGUUGAAGCAGUUAGGUGUUGCGAUAUCGGCAGGUGCUGUCAUGCUGAUGCGAGGACUACUGAUUGUGUCGGGCUUCAGUAGUGGGAUAGCAAGAGGGGUGAUCGUGUGCCCCGCGGCCGCCGCAUGACGCACAGGUGCGCACGUGCGGGCACGCCCAUGUGUGUGUGCGUGAUCGCGUGAUCGCACACGGAAAGCACAUGGGAACGUGUACGUGUGUACAUGGUAGAGUUUUUUUGCGAAGCGUGUGUGUACAUGCGGGUUGACGUGCGGGAGUAUAGCUGUAUAGGUUGUGUGUACCGACGUGCGUUAGCGGCUGGCUGGCCGGCCUUUCCUAAAUCCCCGAAAGCCGUAAGCUGCAUCCCGGGGCGGCAUCCGGCAUUGUCUUGUGUGACAACGAGUGUCGUAGCUCCACGCGCGCAGUGCACUGCAUUGUUCACCAUGUCCAAGACCUGUAAUCCAAUGCCAAG